UGUCACACCCGUAUGGUACACACACACAGUGCGUGCGUCGCUGUGCUGUGCAGAGUGGGAGGAGAGGCUUUUGCCCUGAAGUCGUCGUAGCAACAUCGCUGAAUUCGUGACAAGGACAGGUUUACAUUUUAAGGUUAAAGCGGCUUUUUGGUCGCCAGGGGUAACAUGUUAUGUACUGUUUUAAGUGUUUGCCAGCAAUGAGGGGGGACUUGUGUGAAAUUUCAGCAGUCGCUAGCUAACUGGGCUAGUGGACUAGCCACGCAACAUCAUCCGUCGCUAUCACAAUGUAGCAGCGAUGAUUUGGUGAAGAUUUUUGGCGCCGUACCACCGAAUUGCAGUCAGAAGGAUCCGUAUCGACAGCGGGUGAACAGUGAGGCCGAAAUCAUGAUGAAGAAAAAGAAGUUUAAGUUUAAAGUGGACUUUGAGCUGGAUGAGCUGUCCUCCGUUCCCUUCGUCAACGGUGUGCUUUUCUGUAAAGUCCGACUGCUGGACGGCGGCUUCUCCGAAGAAUCCUCGCGGGAAACGGUACAUGCUAACUGUGUGCGCUGGAAGAAGAAGUUCACCUUCCCUUGUAAAAUGAGCGCCAGUGCCAGCACUGGGAUGUUGGACCCUUGUAUCUGUCGUGUGUCUGUCAGGAAGGAGCUGAAAGGGGGGAAGACCUAUGCAAAGUUGGGGUUUGCGGACUUGAAUCUGUCUGAGUUUGCAGGCUCUGGCAGCACGAAACGCAGGUGUCUGUUGGAAGGCUACGACACCAAAAACACACGGCAGGACAACUCCAUCCUGAAGGUGAUCAUCGGCACUCAGUUGAUGUCUGGAGAUCCCUGUUUUAAAACGCCGCCAUCCACCGCCACAGUAGUAGGUAUCCAAGGAGACGGAGAGCGCCUCCUGGAGGAAAGAAGAGGAGGCGACAAUCAGAAGCCUUACUUGGCCAUCACAGAGGCUGCAGGCAGGUGUGCCUCUCUCCCAGAGGAACUGGGGGCCUGUGGCCACUCCCGGACUUCCAGCUACGCCAGUCAGCAGUCCAGAGUAUCAGGGUACAGCACAGGACAUUCGCGCUCCUCGUCCGUGUCCGAGACGUCCCACCGCAGGAACACCUCCGUGGGCAGCGCUUCCACAGGGAUCGCCAGCAUCCCCGAGCCCAGCGAACCAGCCCAGCAGCCAGGCACGCCAGACCGCGGUGCCAACAGGCAUCCACUGAAGCAGGAUUCCAUGGAGUCUCAGCUGAAGAGGAUGGAUGCCACGCGAGUAGAUGCUGACGACGUGGUAGAAAAGAUCCUCCAGAGUCAGGACUUCACUCCCAGCAUGCUCGACUCCAGCACAGAGGAGGAGGGACUGCGCUUGUUUGUGGGACCUGGUGGAAGCACAGCACUUGGCAGCCAUCACUUACCCACCAGGGUCGGAGCCGGAGCUUAUGAACAGGUGGUUAUGAAGCGUUAGCGCUGAGCUGUACCAGGCAGAGAAGUGGCACCUACCAAAAUCUGGACGGGGGAGGGGAGAGGAGGCGGGGCAUCAACACUGGUUUAACGGGACUAACCAUCUCUUUGCAUUCCAGCUGCACAACACCACCCAAUAUUAUCAUUACUAAUGAUCAAAUUAGUUGAGGUUUUUGGAGACAAGAAUGGUGCGAAUGCACUGGCCAGUGCGAUGGUUUGGGAGGAAUAACACUAAUGAACAGACCGAUAGAGCUGGAAAAGAAUGUCUGCGUGAUGACAAACGAAAAGCUGUAGCUUGAAGCCUAGGAAUCUUCUGUCUAUUCACUAAAGCCAUAAGUGAUGUGUUUAGUAGGACAUUGUGUGUGUGUGUGUGUGUGUGUGUGUGUGUCAUGCGUGUAUGGUUCUCAGGAACGUUGAGCGCAACAUGACUGGGGCUACCACAGCUGGCCUGUGGGAAGCCAGAUUAAAAAUGUGAGGGACUUUCUAGAUGAACCCAUAGUGAUAGUAGGAAGUAGGUUCUCUAAGAGGACGUGAUGUUCCAGAAUAUACUUUGUCUGGGAACUGGACUCCCCUCUUGGGAUAGAGCAUAAUGCUGUCCUGUUCUCAGGGUUGGCGAUUGCAUUUCUGUGUAGCUGGUUAUAAUAUGUAUUCUGAUACUGUGAUAUCUUUGAAUGGGUGCCAGGUAUCGAUCAGGUUUUGGACAGGUCUGUGUGUCCUUUUCUCUUCUUCGAACAACAUGGUUGUGCACAGUGGACGGGUGGAAAGCUUUGACCAUACUGGAAGUAUAUUCCAGCGCAGUUAACCUCUUUGUGGAUUUUAAAAGACAAAUUACAAAUUACAACUGACACUAUACACAAUAUAUCACACACUACUAAAAAGUACAAUGUCUGUACCAGUGAUUUUUACUUGUGAUGUUAUGCUUGGUGUUAAUAUCUCAAUGAAAGAGAAAAAAAAAACAAGAUUCCUGUGUAUUUUGAAGUUAGUAAAAAGUAAACAUCUCAAGAUUGUCAGUUAAUAUCUGCACAUGUAUCACCGGUGUUGUGUUUUAUAACCUUAACUGUGAACUCAUCCAUGGCGUGUGUGUGUGUGUGUGUGUGUACUGUCUAGUGUGUAUGUGCUAUACAUGUAUGCUCUCCUCGUAAGCCACGGCCUAAGCAAUGAAGUAUUCAUUCGCUUUGAAAGCCUGUUUAGCCAGACUCUUGUGCUGCUGUUGUCUGCUCGUGAUUCUUACUUCUGUCGAGCCGUACUACCCUCUGUGGUGAAUGAGUCAUGGUGGUAGAAGCAUCCUCCUCAGCCCUGACAGCUGAGCAGGCAUUUAUACGGCUGUGAAGUGCUGACACGCCAGCCCACUUCAGAGCUCUGAAGAGAAGCAUCAUAUUGACACUCAGACACUCGGUACCACACAUUGUUAAAGCAGAUGUUUUAAGUUGUAUUGUUUCUUGAAGUUCGGUUAUUCAUCUAGGGGGGGAAAAAAUGAACAUGGUAAGGCUGAGUGUACCAUAACAAAUUUCCAUGAGUUUGUGUUGCUAUAUAUGCAGAGAUUUUCACUGAAUCUAAUUUUAUAUGUUUACUUUUUCGUUUACAUUUUAAAACUAUACUGUUGAUGUAGCCAUAGCAAUGCCUAUAGAAAAGCUGAGACAGAAAAAAAUAUACUUAUGAGACAGUUAAAAAUCUCCCCACAGGUUCUCUGGCCUGAAGUCUUGCCUUGUCUAAUCUGUAUGGAUGUGCUUUACAGAUGGACUGACAAUGCAAAGCAAGUGCCCUCUAGUGUUAUCAUGUGGAAUUGUUUCUGGAAGGGAUUAGAAAAACCUGGCGAUAGACAGAAAGAUGGUGAAGGCAUUACUAGUGCACAUGUUUUCUGUAUUACUUCUGUGAAGCGUUGUGCCAAUGUCGGUGUGUCGUCCCUCCUGUGGUGUGGCUUCUGACCGCUGAGCCCUGCUCUUUUGACUGGACCCCACCGCUGCAACCCCAAAUGUACUGUAUGUCUGAGUGCAACCACAUAUUGUCCAUUAAAACGUGUGCAUCCUCAAA